AUGGCUGAAAGAACAUCGGUUGUCGUAGAACAACUGAAAGCAGCUGGAACCGAGGUUUCAAAACAAGUGCCACCUCUACUGAAGCUUGGUGAAUGGUAUUUGAACACGGCUAAGACAACAGCAAAUGGAGCUGAUUUCACAAAAGCCGCCGGGCUUUUCAACGCUGCUCUUGUAAGAUCAAGAGUUGUUAAUGAUGAAACGAAAUACUUCGAGGAAUCAUUGAGACCUAUCGCGAACUUCUGUUGACUAUAGCAAAUGAUGAAACUAGAUGACUCAAGAUGAGAUUCGGAAUGAAAUAAGCUCUCAUAAGGAAUGGAUUGCGGACGAGAGACGGGUCAUCAAAGAGCGUGUUGAUGAAAUUGAUUCCUGGUUUAAAACAAAUGAUAAAACUGAGGAACAAUAUGAGGUAUUUAUAAAUUAGAAAUAUUUAUGUGGUGGAAGUGAUCAUAUUUUCUGAGGGGCUUUGCCCCGAGGAAGAUGUCAUCACUGAGGGAAAUAUUACGCCGAAUUUCCCGAGCAGAGGGUCUAUAAAUGAUAUAUUAUACCGAAAGUUAAAGAACUCACUAAGUUCAGAAUAAACUUUAAAACUUGCCGAAUAUUAACUAUGCGAAUACAAUUUUUAUUUUCUUGUGUAUACUUGAAUUUUCGACGUUUCCUCUUUAGAAUAUUUGAGCAUGUAUCCUUUGGAUCAUUAAAGGUAAUAUACGUCUUGAAAUUCUUUGGUUAAAUCAAAUCUUCUGUGCGAAAUUACAAACAUCAGCUCGCGAACGCCAUAUUGUUUCAGAGCGUGGUGUCCACGCGUCAUGUGUGAGAUACUAUAAUAUCCCACGGUAGAUACUAUAAUAUCCUCACGCUGCAUUGCGAAAUCAUGAAUUUGAGUGAAAUACCGUAAAAAAUCACAUUAUCACGUGGUACAAAUGCUGUUUUUUCAUUGGACAAUUUGAAUUUGAGAUAUAAUAUUCAUAAUUAUUUUUAAACUUUAUUCCUUGUUUUGAUUGGUAACAGCCGCUGACUAAUUUAAGGAGUACUGUCUGUGACUUUAUUUCUGUGGGAUAAUUAACACUUAUUUCAGUGUUAUUUACUGGGAGCGAGGGAAGUAAAUAAUAAGUGAACCUAAAUACCUUUGCGCCGCAAAAAAUAAAUCUUUUUUUAUUUCUAUACCUAGCUGCACGCUCAAAUAACUUUUGCUACAUAGAUUAAAGAUUAACGUAAAUUUUGACAUAUAAAUAGCUGCAUUUCAACAUGAGCUCCACCUUUGAAUUUACUAUAUGAUUAAAUUCUUAAACACGUCCAAAUUUAUCAUUAUGACAUUUUCAAGAUUUUCCAAAAAUAAUUUUUAAAAAAGUUUUUAAAAAGUUUUAAAACAGUUUUAAAAAGAAAAAAAAAAGUUUAAAAAGUUAGAUUUUCAAAAAAGUUUAAAAAGUUAGGGUUAAGGGUUAGUGGUUAGGGGUUAGUGGUUGGGGUUAGGGUUAGGGGUUAGAUGCCGCGAAUUUAUUAUUAUGAUAAAUUCAAAAUUUGCCGGGAAUUUAUCAUAAUGAUAAAUUCGGACGUGUUUAAGAAUUUACUCAUAUAGUAAAUUCAAAGGUCGAGCUCAUGUUGGAUAUUCUUGACUUAUUCAAAAACAUUUCUCAUUUUUCUUGGAGAUAUAUGUAUUUUCCGUCGUUUAUCACAACAAGUACUUCAUAGUUUACUCAAUCGAAUGAAACAAAUCCGCCAAACAAAGUUUUAACGUAAAAACAUGCUAAUUUAACGCGGUCAAAAUAAAUGACAAAACCGUUAUAUAUAAUUCGCAAUUGAAAUCUAUUUCAUGCUUCAAACUCGUUCAUCUCAUCAGGCAAACAGUCAGAAUUAAAUUGGGAAACGUAUAAAGUUUCUAUAAACGUAAAUGGCAGUUAUACACAAGAUGACAAGGACAUAUUUAUUACGUAAAAGGCCUUUAACGCUGAAAAUGUAACAAAAUUAUUGAUAAAAACCUCCAUGUGGUGAGUUUGUUUCUAUGCUGUCCAUAGCAACAAAAGAUUUUGGCAAUUAAGAAUAAGGUGAAAAAACGCUUAAUUUUAAGAAUCACAUUGAUAUCGACCAUAUUCUGCCAGACGCUCCGUUCUCCCGUCGCGUCCUCCCCAAGCAGCCCCGCGCGCUCGCUUGGCUUAGCCACUGGUCUAUAUAUAAUAUCUGAAUAGCUUUAUAAUAUUUUAUAAUAUAGCAUUUGUAAAUUCUGAACGCUGAUCAACAGGGGAAAUUUUCCGCCGCUUGUUAACACGGAAAUUCUUCUUAUUCUUCGGGCUUUUGACAUUGCUAUAUUAUAAAACAAAUAUAAAACAUUUUUCCGUAUUGAUAUAUAGUUAUAUCAACACUCGUGGAAGUUGGGAAAACUCGAAAUUGUGUGAAAACACUCCGCGCUUCGGGCGUCGUGUUUCUACACAAUUUCUCGUUUUCCCAAAUUCCACUCGUGUUGAUAUAACUGUAUAUCAACACGGAAAAUGUUUUAUAUUUGUUAAAUAUAACACAAUAGCAGUGCCUGGGUACGAGGCAGGGUAGAUAACCAAUCCAACACCGUGGUUACAUGUCACUGUAAGUUUUUCUAGAGGAACAGAUGGGCCUCUAAGUACUGCGCUUCCAGGCCUAGGUUGAGUUUGGAACGACAAUAGACGGAGUCAACACGUUGUCGAGACGUUUGAAUUGUUGUUUUCACUUUAACGGCUUUUACGUUGAAAUAUGGGAUGGAACUAAACAAAUAAGGUGCAAUAUGGUCCCAAUUGCCUGGUAAAUUGUGUUCAUAUAUUUUAAGGCAUUUAGUCCUAUACUUGAGAGCUUGCACUCCGUAUUUCAGCGUAAAAACCGUUAACGUUAAAUACAUUUGUUAUCAAAACAAGAAAUCAAACAUCUUGACAACGUGUCGACCCGCCUUGACAACAUUCACAACUGACGUCACAAACUAUUGUUUUGAGACUACAAAGCUUUCGACAAAACUAUUGCCGUUCCAAACUCAACUGGGAAGCGCAGUAACAGGGAAACAAGUAGAGCCCCGUUUAGAUCAGUCAACUUGUUGGGUACAUUGAAUCCUAGUUGGUUUGGAGACCAACUAUUUGUAAUAGAUAUUCAACUAGUGGAAUUGACUGACCCAUUGAGUAUCUAGAUCAGGAUCAAUUUAUAUACUUUGAUCCUGAUUUUUUCCAAAAGAACAGCACUUCCCUUCCAUUAUUUAUUAAUUUUUUUUUCAAACAACUUAUUUACAGAUGUACUGGUAAAAUUUAUAACUAUGAUGAUGUAAGCAUUGGUUGAAUUGAACAUGACAUAUAAUUAUGUAUUAUCUCUAGCUGUGGGGAGGUGCGCGUUUUUUUUUCAAUCUAUCUUGUAGCCAAUGGUAUAGGUCGUGUAUGGCGUAAAUUGAAAUUCUUGGUAAAUAUUCGUAACAAACUAAAAUAACAAUCAAACUGUUUUCUCGUUCUGUGUUAUUGAACAAAUAUCAAUUGGUUCUGUUUCAGAUCAAAGCAGAUAAGAUGCAUGAAGUUUUUCAAGACAUUCAAGAUAUGUUCGUCAGGCUAGUAUCAAUGUUAGCGAAAGAAUGUGAAAGCAGAAUUGGCCAACCACCAUGUGGCUAUGCCAUUAUUGCUCUUGGUUCAGUAGCGCGAGUCGAAGCAACACCCUUUUUAGAUUUGGAAUUUGUCAUCCUAUACUCAGACCCAACUAUAGGGGACAAGAUAAGUUACUUUCGAGUACUGACCCAUUUUCUUCAUUUGAAAGUCGUCAAUCUUGGGGAGACUAUCCUACCAUCUUUGGGGAUUGAAGAGCUCAACGAUUUUCAGUCAUCGAAUCCGAAUGGCAUUUGGUUUCAUGACUCGGAAACGCCUCGAGGAAUUUCGUUUGAUGGAGCAAUGCCAUGGGCGUCCAAAACCCCGCUGGGAAGAAUGGCAACCAAGAAUAAACCUGCAUUAGAGUUGAUCAGAACACCAGAACAAAUGGCUGAAUUUCAAGAUGAAGAAUUUGCUUUAAAAGAAGGUUACCAUUUAGGUAAGGUGAUCUAUCUUAUACAUGGUGACAGUCAUGCAUGGUUGUUUGAUUUCUAUGGGUCAAAACGCCGACUAAUUAUUCUCUUCUGUACUUCAGACAUUUUUUGGCUCUAGGUACACAAGCAGUUAAGGGGCUUAGAGGCUUAGUACUCUCUUUACGCUAGUCAGCAUUCAGUUGCUUUCACCAGUAGCAUCAUUGGCUUUCUUUACUAAUGGAACAUUACUCGUUACGGGAAAAAUUCCUGCUAAACGAAAGGUUAACUUCAUCCCUUACCCUGAAGAUGUUAUUUCUAGCCAUCUUAAACCUCAAUGUACUAGCUGUUAAUUUAUUUUCUUCAGGUUACCAUGCAAAGUUUGUUUUAUAUUUAGUUUAUUUUAUAUUAAGUACUAUUUUUAUUAUAUUUAGCGGAUAUUGUGUCCAGGACUUCAUUAUUUUGUGGAAUGCAAGUAUUACUGGACGAAUACAACGACCGUGUGACUGAAAAAUUAACUACUAAAUCACGUGUAGUAAAAGGCAAAACGAAUCCGACAAUUGGCUGCAUGCGAGGAAUUCGUCAAAUGAGGGAUGAUAACGACACAUAUGCACCCUUUGGUUCCCAUCUAGGAGCAAGUCUUGACACUGGAGGUAUAUUUGAUGCGAAGAAGGAGUUCUAUCGUCUCAUCUCGCUACUUCUUUCAGAUUUGGGACUGAUAUUUGACAUAAGAUCUCCCUCACCUUGGCAAGUAAUUUCUGAGUUGGUGUCCCAGAAAAUCAUCGAUGAAUCGGAAAAUGCUAGGUUUAAAGUGUGUUUAUCGAUUGCUAACGAAAUACGGCUGAAAACGUGCAUUGGAAAUAAUGGACAGAAAGAAGUAUUCUCUCCCGUUCCUUUGAGCAACACGGAACAAUCCAUCGAUGACACUACAUUUGUCGAUUUUGAUGAGGAUACUGUAGUCCGUCUCCUAAGCUCAAGCACUGAUAUUAGUAAACGCUGUCUUUACUUCACGUUGAAGUAUUUUCGAUUGUACGAAAUCGACACCAGUAUUUUUCGGAAGCAUGCCUUUCCUCCCUUGAACGCAUUUGUAAAGGGAGUUCUCUAUUAUCGCUUGCAAAAUUUCCCUAAAGCCUUGGAGUGGCUGGAAUUGAUUCCCAAGGAUAGUCCGAAAUAUUCGGAUUGUCUUGACUUUCAAGGCAUAAUCUAUGGAGA